CAUCUUAGUGUGAAAUUAAAAUGAUUGAACACAUACGCGAUAAAAAGGUGAGAAAUCUCUGGUGAUUACUUAUGAUUGUAUCUUGCGUAUAAUUUUCCAGAACCAGCAGCAAGCAAAAGCAAACGUAAAAAAUAUCAAUCAAAUUAUCCAAGACGUGUCCCAACUGUUGCAAAACAUACGUGAAAAUUGCUUAUAAAUACACGUUAAAAGGAAUAAAAAGGUUUCCCGUAUCGCAAGGAAGAACCGAAUGACGACCCGACUCACGGUCGCCUCGAUGCGAGAUGCCCCACUACCGCAACCACCACAGAAUGUAUCUUUGGCGCGGAAACUAUAAGCGUGUGUUAAGGCAUUUCAGUGGAGAACUGGUCAGUUGGUAUCUCGACAAAGGUUCGGCAAAGAUCGCCGGAUCGAAGCUGCGAGAAUUAAUGCGCCAGAGUUGCUCAUCGACCUGUUGAAAAAAUCGGACAAUUAAUAUCGCUUCCAAAUAUAAAGCAGAUAACAGUGCUCGCAAUAUAUAUGAUAUAUUAGCAAUCAAUGUAUGUAGAAGAUGUAGUAUACAACAUUCUAAAAUAAAAAAACGCAGGAAAUAAACAAAACCGUGCGAUAUUAAGAGUAAUAAAGUGAAAACGGACAUUUAUUCGCGGAAAUCACAUCGAUCUUCACCUGAAUUUCAAGUCCGUUAAUUAAUGAAGCGGCGCAUGAACGCGACCUGUUAUCACCGGUUCGACUGCUGAAUGACCAAAGCUUCACGAUGGCCAAGAUUCCUAUUUUAAUUGCGUUGCUGCCACAGCUACUUUGCACGUUGCUAGAAGUAUCCGGACAACAAUCUCCAUGUUCUCAAUACUUCACGUAUAUAAUCGAUCCUGCGACGAACGAAAUGAUGGGUCAGAUCCAAAUCCCAACUCCGCCAAAGAACGUCGAACUUCAUUUGAAAGUGGCGUUAAGCAUCGCCGUUGCGCUGUCUACGAACUACGUCGGUCAAUUGGAAUUGGCGCAAUCGAAAGAGGAGUCCGUUCGGAUAGUCCAACAGGGUAGACCUUUAUUGUACCAUAUUCAUUUUCCCUUACGUCAACCGAAUCCGUUACUGACCGGAAUAUGGUUUAACAAUCAACAAUAUUGUUCAGGCCCUCGUGCAACGGGACACAUCGUGACUUCCAUCAUGCUGGAGCACACUCUGUACCCGCCAAAUGUGUUGCCGCUUUCGCAGAGUUCCGAUCCUAAUGGUUCACCGCAGCAGAAUCCGCCGGCACCCCUGCCAGUUUAUACGACGUCACGUCCACCGAAUCGACCCGUUAUCAUUCAACGUCCGACCACUGUCACCCUCUCCGACGGAAUCAGCAACAAUCCCUUCCUAAAUCCACCCGUUCAACAAAACAAUAACAAUGAAUGUGGUAUCAGCACUCACACCAACAACAUUAAUUUGUUAAUCUCCAAGGGAAUGAAGACGUCACCCGGUCAGUGGCCGUGGCUGGCAGCGCUCUUCAUCGUCAAACUCAAGUUCGAGUUUCAAUGCGCCGGUUCUAUUCUGACCAACAAACACGUUAUAACAGCGGCGCACUGCUUCAAGCUGGACGCCCAGACCAAUAUCCCCCCCAGUGCGAUGUUGGUAUCCUUGGGGCGAUAUCAAUUGCGCGAUUGGCAUCAAGCGGGAUCCGUGAAUAUGGAGAUUGCGAGCUACACGCUCCAUCCCGACUACAUUCAUCAAGAGACCGGUGACUCCGAUCUGGCGAUUCUAACUCUGAGGACCCCCGUUGAGUUCAGCCCUACGAUCAAGCCUAUCUGUUUGUGGUAUGGCUCAACCGAUCUCCAGAGCGCCAUCAAUAAGAUAGGAUACGUCGUAGGAUGGGGCAGGGACGAGUUCGGCAAUCCUUAUGUCGCGGAACCGCGAAUGGCGAAGGUGCCGAUAGUAAGUCAGGAGGUAUGUCUUUGGAGCGACUCGCGUUUCGUCAGCUUUACCUCGAAUCGCACUUUUUGCGCCGGUUCGCGAGACGGCAGCGGUCCUUGCAACGGUGACAGCGGAAGCGGACUGGUGCUUCAUGACGCUGCCACGGGCCGUUAUCAGCUGCGCGGCAUCGUUUCACGUUCGCUGUACGAUCGCGACGAGAUGACCUGCGAUCUCACGCAGUACGUUGUCUUCGUCGAUGUGGCCAAAUACUUGUUCUGGAUUCAACAACAGAUCUCCACUACUUAAUAUACUCUCGUAGUCUUAUUGCAGAUAUAUAUAUAAAAUGUACUAGUCGACAAGUUUUUCUACGUAAGUUUAUAUAAAGCUAGAAAAAAGAUAACGUAAGGAUUAGUAUAAUUUGACAAUCUAAAAUAUUUGUUUUAUACUUCUAUAUUAAUCUUUCUUAUCACAUGCAUUUAUCGUGAUAUUAAAACAAUAUA